AUGGCCCCCCAACCCCCGCAGAUGACCCCCGACUAUGACAAGAGCCAAUGGAUCAAGGAGAAGGAGAAGUUGGGACUGGACUUCCCCAACUUGCCCUACUUCAUCGACGGCAAGACCAAGCUGACGCAGAGCAACGCGAUCCUGCGCUACAUCGCCCGCAAGCACAACAUGUGUGGGGACACGGAGGAGGAGAAGGUCCGCGUGGACAUGCUGGAGAACCAGGUGAUGGACUUCCGCAUGAGCCUCGUCAUGGUCUGCUACAACCCCGAGUUUGAGAAGCUGAAGCCGGGGUACCUGGAGCAGCUGCCGGGGAAGCUGAAGCUCUUCUCCAGCUUCCUGGGCGACCGCAAGUGGUUCGUGGGGGACAAGCUCACCUUCGUGGACUUCCUCAUGUUCGACGUGCUCGACCAGAACCGCAUCUUUGAGCCCAAGUGCCUGGAGCCCUUCAAGAACCUGCAGGACUUCAUGGAGCGCUUUGGGGCCCUGGAGAAGGUGGCCGCCUACAUGAAGUCCAGCCGCUUCACCAAGAUGCCCAUCAACAACAAGAUGGCCAAGUGGGGCGGCAAGAAGGAGUAGGGGCGCAGCGUGGGGUGAGACGAGCUGGCGCAGCCUCAGCGCGGCCUUGAUGUCCCCCCCGCCGCCGGCCGUAGCGGGGAGAGGUGACACCCUCUCC